UUUAAACGCGAGAAAUUAAAUAUCAGAUUAGCUUAGUGACCCCGCUGGACGAUGACCAAAAUUUUUCUACUCCUCCUUUUCUCACAACUCAAUCAACCUGGCUCUUCCGAAUCCGAAGCCAUUACCGUUUACUGGGGUCUGAAUGGUGAUGAGGGUAAUCUUACAGAAACGUGUGCUACAGGAAAAUACUCUUUUGUAGUGAUUGGCUUCCUUUGGAGGUUUGGGAAUGGCGAAACCCCUCGGCUCAACCUCGCCGAUCACUGUGACCCUUCUUUAUCUGGGUGCACCACCAUGGGCAGUGAGAUCAAAUAUUGUCAAGAACAAGGAGUCAAGGUGAUGCUCUCUCUUGGAGGAGGAUCUGCGAAAUACUCUUUAUCUUCCUCUGAGGAUGCUCAAAAUGUUUCUGAUUACUUAUGGAGAAACUUCUUAGGUGGAAGCUCAUCUUCUCGCCCACUUGGAGAUGCCGUAUUGGAUGGCAUAGAUUUUGAUAUAGAGUCAUCUACCCCACACUUGGAGGACCUUGCACGUUACCUUAAGUCACACAGCACUGAUAGCCAAAAAGUGUACCUAUCUGCAGCUCCUCAAUGCCCAUUUCCUGAUGCUAAUCUUGGGACUGCCCUUAAUACAGGCCUUUUUGAUCAUGUCUGGGUACAAUUCUUCAACAACCCUCCCUGCGAUUAUUCAGAAUCCAAUACUGAUGCGUUUGUCAAUGCGUGGCACCAAUGGGCGACAUCAUUAAAUGGGUCGAAAAUAUUCCUGGGGUUGCCAGCAUCUCAGGAAAUAGCAGCCAGUGGCUAUGUUCCUGCUGAUUUGUUAACCUCUAAGGUACUUCCCGCUGUAAGGAAGUCAGCUAACUAUGGAGGUGUAAUGUUGUGGUCAAGGUACGAAGAUAGAUUGAGUGGAUACAGUACGUACCUUCAGAUUGGUCCUCUUUGCACACCCCAAAGCACUCCCAAAUGCAGGAAACAUGACAGUGGCUUUAUAGAGCGUUUUGGUUACAUGUCCACUGGUAGCAUCAAGGUUUACGAAAGUGAGAAUCUUGGUAGGCAGUGUUGUGGGAUCAUAUGCUGGAAUAAUUGUUCUUGUGAGGCUUAUGCACCAGUGAAUCAGGUUAACAAUACUGGAUGCCAGAUAUGGCUUAAAGGAACCAGGUUCACUGAAGCUGCAGGAGAAAAAGCACAGUCAAUUUAUAUUGUUAGAGCCAAAGUAAACAGGUGGUGGAUAUGGCUUAUCAUUGCAGUGGGAGCAAGUCUAGCAUUACCUCUGAUCUGCUACUUAUGCUAUGCCUUAUUGAGAAAAUACAAAGCAGAAGUGGAUAGAAAAACAAAGCAAGAGAAGAUAUUACAUGAAAUUGGAGGCAAUGCAAUGAUUUCCAUGGUGUAUGGCAAACCUAAAAGGAACAAGAAACAUGGGAAGGAAAGAAAUGAGGUUGAAAUAUUCAGUUUCGAGGGCAUUGUGGUUGCCACAAACAAUUUCUCAGAUUCAAACAAGCUAGGAGAGGGUGGUUUUGGUCCUGUAUAUAAGGGGACACUAACCGAUGGGCAGGAAGUAGCAAUAAAACGACUUUCUAAAAGCUCUGGACAAGGGCUUACAGAAUUCAAGAAUGAGGCUAAACUCAUGGCAAAAUUGCAGCAUACUAAUCUUGUGAGGCUUUUGGGGUUUUGCAUCCAAAGAGAUGAAAGAAUAUUAGUUUAUGAGUACAUGUCGAACAAAAGCUUAGAUUUCUAUCUAUUUGAUGCAAGCAGAAGAAAUGUACUAGAUUGGGAGAAACGCUUUAGCAUCAUUGAAGGAAUUGCUCAAGGACUUCUUUAUCUACACAAAUAUUCAAGACUAAAAGUGAUACAUCGGGACUUGAAGGCAAGCAAUAUAUUACUUGAUGAAGAAAUGAAUCCUAAAAUAUCUGAUUUUGGUAUGGCUCGAAUAUUUGGACUAAGAGAAUCUGAAGAAAACACAAAUAGAGUAGUUGGCACACGCGGCUACAUGGCUCCAGAGUAUGCAAUUAAUGGUGUUGUUUCAAUCAAAAUAGACAUAUUCAGUUUUGGUGUGUUGCUAAUAGAGAUUCUCAGUGGUAAAAAGAAUAACGGUCGAUUUGAUUUAGAUCGUCCUCUUAAUCUCAUAGGAUAUGUGAGUUUCUCAGACUACUAUUUUUUAAAAUGCAUUGUGUAUUAUUCUAAUCACUGGCUUGUUAAGCUUUUGGUGCAUGCUUGGAUUUUUUAGGCAUGGCAGCUUUGAAAUGAAGGUAGAGGUUUAGAGCUAAUAGACUCAACAUUGAAUGAACCAAGUGUGCUGAACAAAGUGCAGAGAUGUAUUCAGAUUGGCCUCUUGUGCGUACAAGAUCAAGCAAAAGACAGACCCUCCAUGUUAGAUAUAAUUUCUUUUCUGUCAAAUGAUAAUAUUCAACUUGGCCAACCAAAGCAGCCUGCAUAUUUUAUCGGUGAUGUUGAGGAAGCGUCAGAUUCACAUAACAUCAUCAGGGAAGAACACUAUUCCACAAAUCACGUGACAAUUUCUAAUCUAGAUGGUAGAUAACUGGUCCGUUGUGUGCACAUUACAUUAAUGCAUUUCAUUUUCUUUAAUAAUUGACGAUUUGUAACUUUACUUCAGUUGUGAGAAUUUACUGCAUUGCUUUGACCUUGUGAAACUCAACAAAUGCUUGCCUUUUUUUGUUA